AUGGCCAAGUCUAAGAACGACACCACCUAUAACCAGUCCUGGAAAUGGCAUAGCAAUGGCAUCAAAAAUCCUCGGUCACAAAGAUACAAAUCUCUGAAGGGGGUAGAUCCCAAGUUCCUUAGGAACAUGCAUUUUGUCAAGAAGCACAACAAGAAGGGCUUCAAGAAGAUGCAAGCAAACAAUGCCAAGGCCAUAAGUGCAUGUGUCAAGGCUAUCAAGGCCCUUGCCAAGCCCAAGGAGGUCAAGCCCAAGAUCAUCCCAAAGGGAGUAAAUCACAGGCUCACUCAACUUGCCUACAUUGCCCACCCCAAGCUUGGGAAGCAUAUCCAUGCCUGCAUUGCCAAGGGUUGCAGGACUUGCCGGCCGAAGGCCCAGGCUCCAGCCAAGGCCCAGGCUCUAGCGUCUGUUCCAGCCCAGGCUCCCAAAGGUGCCCAGGCCCCCAUGAAGACUCCACAGUAA